AUGGGGAGGAAGUGCCACGCCGGGGCCGCGCUGGCCGUCGCGUUCGCGGCAGCGGCGGCGGCCGCCGUCGCUGCCGACCGGGGGCUUUCGCUGGUUAGCGCCGCGGUGGCGCCGGUGGAGGAGGAGAUGAGCCUGUUCCGGAAGGUGGCCAAUCUGAUGUGGAGGAGCGACGGCAACUCGUACCAGCACGUGUGGCCGCCAAUGGAAGUUGGGUGGCAAAUUGUGCUGGGCUCACUGAUCGGAUUCUUCGGUGCGGCAUUCGGGAGUGUUGGCGGAGUUGGUGGCGGCGGGAUCUUUGUGCCGAUGCUGACACUCAUCAUUGGGUUUGACCCAAAAUCAUCUACUGCGAUAUCAAAGUGUAUGAUUAUGGGAGCGUCUGUUUCAACUGUUUACUAUAAUCUCAAGCUAAAACAUCCGACUUUGGACAUGCCGGUGAUUGAUUAUGACCUAGCUGUGCUCAUUCAGCCUAUGCUAAUGCUUGGGAUCAGCAUUGGUGUUAUUUUUAAUGUCAUAUUUCCUGACUGGCUGGUCACAGUUCUCCUGAUAAUUCUUUUCCUAGGCACAUCCACAAAAGCCUUUCUGAAGGGCAUUGAGACAUGGAAGAAAGAGACAAUAAUCCAAAGGGAGGCUGCAAAACGUUUGGAGCAAACUGCAGCUGAGGAAGCAGAGUAUGCACCACUUCCUACUGGACCAGGUGCGGCAGCAAACAAAAAAACCCUCUCAUCAGAUGAAGCGCCAUCACUUAUAAAGAACAUUCACUGGAAGGAGGUUGGUCUUCUUUCAUUUGUGUGGGUGGCAUUCCUUGUUCUUCAGGUCACAAAGAAUUACACUGCUACUUGCUCCCCAUGGUACUGGGUCUUGAACCUUCUCCAGGUUCCAGUGUCAGUAGGAGUGACACUGUAUGAAGGAUUUGGGCUGAUGAGUGGGAAGAGGGUGUUAUCAUCAAAGGGAAGUGAACAAACUACCAUGAAAUUUCAUCAGGUAGUUGUAUACGGUCUAUUCGGUAUAGCUGCAGGACUAGUUGGUGGACUCCUAGGUCUCGGAGGUGGCUUCAUUAUGGGGCCACUGUUCUUGGAGCUUGGCAUCCCUCCCCAGGUUUCUAGUGCUACGGCUACCUUUGCAAUGAUGUUCUCAUCUUCCAUGUCGGUUGUCGAAUACUACCUCUUGAACCGGUUUCCAGUGCCUUAUGCUGUUUAUUUCACCUUUGUGGCGUUUGUUGCUGCCCUCAUCGGCCAGCAUGCGGAUUACCCUUGGAGGCUUCCGGAGCAGAGGUUCGAGCGUUCCAGUUCCUGGCACCCUUUGCAGCCAUACACACCAUUCCAAAUCCACCAUGUCCAUGACAGCAGUAGCAGUGGCGCGACCCUAAACCCAAGACACAGGCGAGAAGACACUGGACUAACCGAUGAGGAGUUCAGGGAGGCCAUGGAUCAGCUCAGGAAGCAGGAAUACAGGCCACCGGAUCCGCAGAAGAAGCAACAAGGCGGCAGAGGCAUCCUCCGGACCAGGAGUGCAACACCACCGUCAACCACCGAAGAGGAGAAGGCCUGCACCGUAUGCCUGGAGACAUUCCUGCCCGGAGAGCAGGUGGCGAUCACGCCCUGCAACCACAUGUUUCACCAGGGGUGCAUCGCCCCUUGGGUGAAGGGGCACGGCAACUGCCCGGUGUGCCGGUUUGCGCUCUGCGAGAGGAGGAACCCCGCUGAUGCCGCCAACGAAGACGGAGGGAUGGAUCUGGAGCUGCUGGCGAUGGUGAGGGCGAUGGAGGAGGCAUUCAGCCGGUUCAGGCUCUUCUCCGACUCCACGCCACACUAUCACUAG